AUGGACAGAGUCAACGUCUCCAGUACGAUGGUGAACGGAGUACACAAUGCACUAUCGCUAAUCCUAGCUAUGUCCAAGGCUUUUGGCGCCUUCACCAUGAGGGCUAAAGGAGAGACCUUCGUUUUCUCUUGUAAACUCGUUGCUUAUUUUAUCGUCCUUACAAUUGGGGCUGUUGCCGUAGGGAUAUUUGAAAUCUAUGAUUUAAGCAGGGGAAAUCCCAUUUCCCUACCGAUGAUUAUCGAAAUUUUUGUUUUUUGCUUUAAUACACUGACAUCCAUAAUAGUUUUAUACCUACACUACCGUCUCCGAGAGUCCCUCCCAGCUAUAAUUUCAGAGCUUGACGAUAUGGAUAAACUUAUUGGCAAUGUCUCUUACAAUCGGCAUUACAAUUAUGGAGUAAUCUUCCUGUCUAUACUAAACGCCUUGCCCGCAGUCUUUGCCCUCGUUUGCAGACCAUUCCUCUGGAUUGACCUCAUCAUGUGGAUAGUGUACUACUUUUUCACCAUAACAACCGCUUUAAUCGUUGGGCAAUACGCCAUUCUAUUACAUAUCCUCAGCCGCCAACUCCAUAUGCUCUCGGUUCAACUUAAUACUGUUAUAUGUAAACUCAAAGUUUGGAGUCUGAUAGAAAUUCACCACAGCCUCGUUCUGUUGGCGGACAGAAUCAAUAGAGCAUACGAUAUAUUUCUAUUUCAUAUGAUCACCUUCACAUUCGUCAUCAACAUCAUGAAGUUGUACUUUGUGAUCGUUUAUAUAGUGAAACCUGUUUCCUACACAAACCUCGAACUUAUGACGAUCUCUGUUGCGGAUUUCCUGUUCAACUGUGGAUGCUUCAUUAUUAUAGUCUUUGCAGCAAUGGAGGCUACGAAUAGUGUAAGAAAAUGA